AUGAAUAAAAUCAAUGCUAAGCGUGGUCGUGCAAAAGGCUGUAUAACACUCACAGCUUCGUAUGCAUCGUCGAUUCCUAUUGAUACAACAGUUAGUACAUUAGAAUUUAGACUUGAAAGAUUAACUGAAUCAUGGAAAGAAUUCGUAGCAUUGCAAGACGAACUUUUAGAAUAUUCUGACAAGGAAAAUUACGUUGACCGCGAACCUGAAUAUGCCGAAUAUGAGGCAAAAUAUUUUGAAACACAUGCCUUACUUUCUGAUGCAAUUCUUUGCAAAUCAAAAACAUUAGAAUGUCAUAAAAUUGUGCCUCAAGGUUAUCAUACACCAUCGGAAGAUUCGGAAUUGGUUAUCGCUCACAAGUCUAUAAAGUUACCACGAAUCACAAUCGAACCUUUCUCGGGCGAAUAUAAAGAUUGGCCGACAUUUCGAGACAUGUUCAUGGGAACUGUCGAUUCAAAUCAUACUAUUACGAACACUCAAAAGCUUCAUUUUUUAAAAUCGUUUCUUCGCGGAGAAGCCGCGAAUCUUCUCAAGCAUAUAAGAUGUUCGGAAAACAACUAUGCGGAGGCUUGGUCAAAGUUAGAACAACGCUACGAUCAGAAACAUCUUAUUGUCCGUUCAUUUAUUCAGUUGUUUUUGUCGCUACCGUCGGCGUCGUGCAAUGCGACAAAUCUUCAAUCGCUUCGUAAGAUCACCAAUGGGGCUGAUGAAGCCAUACGGGGUCUUAAAGCUUUAGACUCCAGUUCACGAGAUCCAUGGCUCAUUUACCUGCUUCUGCAAAAAGUUGAUCAAGACACUAAGAAGGCCUGGGCCGAAGAAGUUGGCUCAAAGGAUGAUUCAACUAUAGAUGAGCUUCUUCAAUUUCUUCAAACUCGUUGUCAGUGUUUUGAAUCAUGCAGUUCUUUUUCAUCUUCCAUCAGCACUCGGGCUGUUCGUACGCAUUUUGUAAAAUCUACCCCAAGUUGCCCUAAGUGUCAAGAUAGUCAUUUGCUUUCAAGUUGUCCGAAAUUUAUAUCAUUUAGCAUUGACUCUCGUUGGGAAUUCGUUAGGAACAAUUCACUCUGUUUCAAUUGCUUGCGUUCGGGGCACGCUUAUAAUAAUUGUCGCCUCACUGUUCGUUGUCACAAGUGUCACUCACGUCAUCAUUCUCUUCUCCAUACUUCUCAAUCUCAAAAUUCUACUCAAUCAACAUUUCAAACGUCAAAUCAAAAUUCGAAUGCAGCUUCACAUUCAAAUCUUCGGUCCAAUUCUUCUGAAAAUCCGAUUCCACAUUCUUCGAAUUCACUAAUCGCAAAUCAUUCAAUCUCAUUCAAACAUAACCAUCAAGUGUCUACUAUUCUACCAACAGCUCUAGCUAGGAUUCAGGACAAGCAAGGAAUUUACCAAAUCGUGCGCAUUCUUCUCGACUCAGGUUCUCAGGUGUCAUUUAUAACUGAGCAAGCUGCUCAAAGCCUAGGACUUCCUCGCAAACGUGUGAGAAUUCCAAUAGUAGGAAUUGCUUCUAAGUCUGCUGGCGUAACCAGCGGGUUAUGCAGCCUUAAUAUUGUUUCUUGCUACAGCUCUGAAUCAAUUGAUAUCAACUGCUUCGUAUUGCCAAACAUCACUUCAUCGCUUCCACCAUUACCAGCCAACCAAAUUUUACCAAAGUUUUUCGACAAAAAUCUUGCUGAUCCUAAGUUUCAUCAAAGUGGCCCAAUCGAUAUUCUGAUAGGGGCUGAUAGAGUUUUUAAUAUCAUUACGGGAGCUGCUAAAAUCGAAGAAGGUGGAUUCCUUACUUCGAUUCCAACCAUUUUUGGCUGGGUAGUCGCUGGUUGUAAUUCACAGCCCUCAGGAAUUCAGACUCUUCACACUCGUUUAAAUCAGGAUCUAGAAUUCGAUUUAGAAAGAUUUUGGAGACUUGAGGAAGUAUCCAACGAGCAAUCAAUUUCUGUCGAGGAGCAAUUGGCAGAAAAAAAUUUCGUCAAAAAUCACACUCGUUGUCAAGAUGGCAAAUAUGAAGUAGAACUUCCGUUUAAGCCUUCGACAAAUUUCGAUUUCGGAGAUUCUUUCGGCACAGCUUUAGCGCGUUUUCAUUCCAUUAAACGGAAAUUCAAUUGGAAUCCAAUUCUUAAAUCGGAAUAUUCAAAAUUCAUGAAUGAAUAUAUUUCUCUUCAACAUAUGGAAGAAAUCCCAUCCAACGAAAUUCAAAAAUCAAAUUUUACGAACUACUAUUUGCCGCAUCACGCAAUCUUCAAAGAAGAUAGUAGUACUACGAAAAUCCGUGUCGUAUUCGAUGCGUCUGCAAAAACUCGUGAUUCACAAUCCCUAAACGAAACUCUUCUGGUGGGCCCUACUAUCCAGCGCGAUAUAUUUUCAAUCUGCUUAAGAUCUCGUCAACAUGCCUACCUAAUGACAGGAGAUAUUGAGAAAAUGUACAGGCAAAUUUGGGUUGCUCGAAAACACACAGAUUUUCAACGAAUUGUCUGGCGUGAAAGCCCUAAUGAACCAUUAAAACAUUUUCGUCUUCUCACCGUUACAUACGGAACAGCUGCUGCUCCAUUCUUGGCUGUCCGAGUUUUAAAACAGCUAGCUGCUGAUUCUUCUAUAAGUCAUCCUCGAGCAUCAAAAAUUCUCUUGGAAGAUUUUUACGUUGAUGAUGUCAUCACCGGCUCAGAUACUAUUGAUGAUAUCAUAUCUCUUCGGAUGGAACUAGUCGAACUUUUGAAAUCAGCUGGACUUAAUCUACGAAAGUGGACUACGAACUGUUGGCCACUCCUGAUCUCCUUGCCAGAGGAUCAGCGAGAACUUUCACCAGUAGACUUUGAAGAAUCGAAUUCUGUCAAGGUCUUGGAUUUACAGUGGUGUCCGUCAAAAGAUGUCUUUUCAUACAAGGUCAAAUUCCACCCGUCGAAUAUAUGCACAAAACGUCACAUAUUAUCAGAAGCUUUAAAAAUCUUCGAUCCGUUGGGAUUUCUCGCGCCGGUCAUCAUAGGAGUCAAAAUCUUGCUUCAGGAGCUCUGGAGAAACAAAAUCAAUUGGGAUGAAGAAGUUCCAGACUACUUAUCGCAACAGUGGAACUCUAUAAGGAACGAACUACCCAUCGUCGAAUCUUUAGCUAUACCGCGAAUCAUGCUACAAAAACAACGUUAUUGGGAACUGCACGGCUUCUGCGAUGCCUCUUUGGAUGCAUACGCAGCGGUGGUCUAUUGUCGAAACGUCAAAUCUGAUAAUUCCAUUUCUGUGACUCUCGUCGCAGCAAAAUCUAAAGUCGCUCCCUUAAAGGUUUUACCCCUUCCAAGGCUUGAGUUGUGUGGAGCUUUAUUACUUGUUCGAUUGAUAAACAAAAUCAAGCUCUCUUUACAGGUUACAGAUGUGAAUGUAUUUGGUUGGACUGACUCAUCAAUAGUUCUGCAUUGGUUGGCCGCUGCUCCAAAGAAAUGGUCGGUAUUUAUUGGAAACAGAACAUCCGAAAUCCUCACAUCUAUACCUUUUAAAUCGUGGAAUCAUGUACGAUCAGCAUCUAAUCCCGCAGAUGCCGCUACAAGAGGAUUAUUGCCAUCAAUAUUGAAAAAAACUAGUAUCUGGUGGGAAGGUCCCGGAUGGCUAAGCAAAGACCGAGACCAAUGGCCUUCAUCAGGUUAUAGCCCAGAUGACAUCGAAACUCAGUACCUGGAAGAGCGUAAGACAAACAAAAUCGCCAAGGUAUUUCUCUUAAAUCAUAAUUCAAAUCAUCCAUUCGAAAUCAUAAUAAAUAACUCCUCAAGUUGGUUGAAGGUAGUUCGAGUAGCCGCUUACGUGUUUCGUUUUACCAAAAACUACUUUUCACCUAAAGAACUUCAGAAAUUAGAUCCACUUUCUACUAUCGAAUUAUCCUUUGCUAAAAUUCAAAUCAUAAAAUAUGUUCAAUCAUCUUUGUUUAAUUCAGAAAUUCAAUGUUUAAAUUCUAAGAAAGAACUUCACUCGAAAAGCAGACUCAAAGGUUUAAAUCCUUUUAUCGAUUCAUCAGGUGUUCUUCGUGUCGGCGGUCGGUUAGAAUAUUCGAAUUUGACCUAUUCUGAAAAACACCCCAUAAUCUUAUGUAAAUCCCACAGAAUUGCUAAACUAAUUGCGGUCUUAACACAUAGAAAUCAUUUACAUGCCGGUGCCUCACUUCUCUUUGCUUUAAUCAAACAAAAUUUUUAUAUCCUCGGUUGCAGAAAUCUUGCUCGAAAGGUGGUUCGAGAAUGCAUUGGUUGUAUUCGUCAACAAAAAGCAACAACGAAACAACUUAUGGGAAAUCUUCCUUCGGAUCGCAUCCGGUAUGCUCGACCAUUCAGCAGAGUUGGCUGCGAUUACGCAGGGCCUAUAACGCUUCGUUUAAAUCGAGGUCGGAACCCUAAAUUUGUAAAGGCCUACAUAGCUCUCUUCGUUUGCUUUGUAACAAAAGCAAUCCACAUCGAAUUAGUCGGAGACUUAACUUCAACUGCUUUUUUAUCAGCUCUAGAUCGCUUCGUUGCCCGCCGAGGCAAACCGUCUGAGAUUUGGAGCGACAACGGUACUAACUUUGUUGGUGCUAAACGUCUACUCAACGAAAUGUACAAUCUUCUCUGCAGUCAACAACACAAUAACAUCAUCAUUGAUCAUCUGGCCAAGGACAACGUCGAAUGGAAAUUCAUCCCACCAUCUUCCCCACAUUUUGGCGGAUUAUGGGAGUCAGGGGUUCGAUCCGUCAAAUUGCAUCUAAAACGAGUAAUAGGCGAUACAAAACUUACCUAUGAAGACAUGUAUACACUAUUAGUAAAAAUCGAAGCUCUUCUUAAUUCUCGCCCAAUGUGGCAAAAUUCCGAUGUUGACCCUGUUGCCCUUACACCCGCUCAUUUUUUGAUCGGGGAACCCUAUACUGCUGUUCCUCAACCUGAUUUAUAUAACAAUUCUAUUUCAAUAAAGACUAACUGGUCUCUUUUGCAGGCGAUGGUUCAAGGUUUUUGGAAACAGUGGCAUUCCGAAUUCCUUACUUCACUACAACACCGAUCAAAAUGGCAAACUCCACAGCCAAACCUGGAGGUAGACGAUAUUGUCCUGCUAAAGGAGCCAAAUCUACCACCAUCCAAAUGGUUAUUAGGACGAAUCAUCCAAACGCACCCUGGAAAGGAUGACAAGUGUAGGGUAGUUACAGUUCGGACCAAAUUCGGAGACUACGUUCGUCCUACAAUUAAAGUCGCUCGCUUAUGUUCAGAAAGCCCAUAA